CUUAUUUAUUGAUUUCUAGCAUCCGGUCUUGUCGAAAGUUAAGAAGAAUCUAUCUGCUCAUCCUUUUUGCCCGAAUCUUCAGUUUGAACAAAAGCGUAUUUACCAUACGUACGAGGACCACAUCCCCAGUCAAGUAACAUGGACUAGUUUGCUCGACAUGACUCAUCCUAAUUUCACGACAUUUCAAAUCUUUGGAACAAACAAGGAGAGUUUCUCGAAAUAUCUCGUCUGCGAUAAGCUCGGGUUGAUCAUCCAAGCCAGGAACGGGCACAAUGAGAGCAAGACUUACGGAGGAGACUAUUUCCGCGCAAAAAUAUUCACCCGAAAUUCCACUUUCCAGGCUAGCUCGAUGUCAGACGGUGAGGUAAUCGACCAUGGGAAUGGAACGUAUAGCGCCUUCUUUACGUUGAAGUGGGCAGGGGUAGUGGGCAUUCAGGUGACCUUAGUCCAUUCAAGUGAGGCCAAUUACGUGCUUAGAAGACUUCAGAAAGAAGAAGUGAUCAGGAGUAACUUCAAAGGUCGGUUUUAUUCGACAGACCCGAAGAAAGCUGAGGAGACUUUUUGCAACAUGGAUCUGAACAUGCUAAAUGUGACAGUACCAGAGAAAGAGAGCUGCAACUUCACCGACGCCAGUACUGGUUCCCCUUGGUUUUGUGUGAAGCCACAUAAUUUCCCCUGCAGUAAUUUGGUAAUGGACCAUCAGGUGGGGCACAGUAACGAGAAUAAGAUAUCCGCCAUUGAACGACUUUCUUUUACAUGGAGCGACAAAAAGAUAACCGGAACUGAAAACAGAUUUGUAGUCCACCAUUUGCCAGGUAAAGAGUCUAUCGUACACAGUGGCGCCUUGGAUCAACUCCCACCUUGCAGGCCAAUGGUCCAUUUUGGAACACCAGAAGUCGCUGGUUUUUACUGGGGGAAAUAUUGGCACUCGGCAGAUUGUAACAUAAACGCAUUUAAUAAAUUGCAAGCGUCCUCGAUUUUACGUAACAAAACUGUCUAUUUCUUUGGGGAUUCUACCGUGCGGCAGCUAAUGGAAUUUUACGUCAAACUGUUCGGAUUAAAAACCAAUCCAGCACCAAAGAAAGGGGACCCGUGGUACGUCGGACGCACAAUCGCAAAAGACAGCAGAAACAACAUCGAUUUCCAGUUCCAAUUUCACGGGCAUCCAAUUGGGAAGAGAGCAUGGGCAAACAUUUCUAUCAUAGAGUACAUAGCAAAUCUGAUUGACCGUGUCAAGGGAGGAGAAAAUACUGUUUUGGUUUUGACAUUGUGGGCGCACUUUACUACUUUCCCGCCGUGGUACUACGAAGCGCGUGUCGACGACAUAUUGGAGUCCGUAAGACGUCUCCAGGAGCGUAGUCCACGAACCUUGGUCGUCUGGAAGAGUGCUAACACCAGGGAACAUCAUGGAUUGGAUCAUUACCUCAAAUGUAGUGACUGGACUGCGAGGAACCUGGAUAGGAGGAUGAGAAACAAAGUCUUGGCAUAUGACAACGUCGGUUUCAUGGAUGCCUGGGACAUGACAAAUGCACAGUUGGAAACAGAUUCCGUACAUCCUAAAGGCUCGCACGUCGAAAAUCUAAGCAAUAAACUUUUAACAUAUGUUUUAAAUCAUGAUGCAUCUUGAUGUUUGAUUUUUUUCUAUCAUAUUCAUCCUUCUGCCCUUUUUUAAAACCAUAAAGAACCUGAAUAAUAUUUGUGGCAAAGUCAAAAUACACAAUGAAUACAGUGCAUCAAGGCAUCAAGGCGUAAAUUAUAACGGAUGACCUCCUAAAACUGUCAUUGUGACGUAGUAGUUAGAAUACAGACUGCUUUGAGGGGCACGGUUGAAACUAAAGCACAAUGUAAUAUCGAAAUAGACUCGAAAUCACCGAGGAGGUACGGUUUUAAUUGUAUCCCGAAAGAUUUAAUUUCAUGUCGUAUUUAUUUCACUAACUAUGAUUUAAAAAAAAAAACAUUGUAAAAAUUUGAUAUAUGUAUAUAUAUAUAUAUAUAUAUCAGUUAUGGGAUUUUUAACGGCGUUUAAAAGAAUUAAAUGAUGGGCUGAAUUUUAGUGCAAAAGGAAGAUUGUUAUAAAGAGAAAAACAAGCACUGAAUCCAAUGACCGGGGUAAUAGUAUAUUUUUAAAGCGCUCAGAGACAUUUGUUUUAAGCGCUAUAUAAAAAUUAAAUAUUAUUAUCAUUAUUAUUAAUUAUGAGUAUUGUGUUGAUGUGCUGAUAAAAAUAACAUUGGAAAUUAUUCUUAAGGCUUUUUUCUGAAGCAUAACAAAUCGGAUGAGUUAAAAAAAAAAAAAUACUCAUGAUGACAUAGUCAAGAUAUAUUUCGGAUAAUUCUAUAAAUUAGUUGUUGUUGUUGUGAUUAAUGGCGUUUCUAUCGUCACUCGACGAUUUCCGCAAGGCAAUGUGAGAGGGCGUAGUUACUGGUCCUCUCUUAAUACUUUUACUGUUGGAUCGACGAUAGCCUAGUGGCGUUGUGUUUGUCACAUAUUAGGACAUACGGAGGUGUGUCGCUCUAAUGGGUCACUUUUUCACACAAAAACCCUAAACAUUGGGUCCCACUUUUAGCAAAGAAUACCAUUAAAAAUGGGUCCGUUUUCUCAAAAUUUCAAAAAACUUUGCAAAGUUUUCGGGUGCUUGCCAUGCAAACACCCGAAAAAAAACCGCAAAAUUGCGAAAAAUAGUGAUUUUUUCGAGAAAAAUGCCCCCUUAAUGGGUAGGGGUUUCGAGGCACUCCCCUGUCCAAACCAAACCCACUUUUAGCAAACAAUACCAUUAAAAAUGGGUCCGUUUUCUCAAAAUUUCAAAAAUUUGUAAAAUUUCCGGGUGCUUGCCAUGCAAACACCCCCAAAACACCCCCAAAAUUGUGAAAAAUAGGUAUUUUUUUCGAGGUUUCGAGGCUCACCCCCGUCCAAACCAAAUCUGACUACCCCCCCAAAUGUUUUACAUUUGUAUUAUCUCCUUCUACGCAGAGUUUUUUCGAAAACACAAAUCUUAGGCAAUUUUUUUAUGCUUGUACGUCAUUUUUUGAAAUGUGCGAACAUGGAAAUGACGAAUUGCCUAAUUCAAACAUGA